GUUUUGCACCACAUGAGAAGGUGUGUGUGAGAGAUGGCUGUGCAUGUGUAAAGCCAGGAAAGAGAGAUCGAGCGAGAGAACUUGCGUGUGCCCUCUCUCCCUCAGUCCGUGCCACCCCAGGGUGGGAAUGCUAAGACAGACAGGCGGUUUAUUUUUGGGUCAGUGACAGUGUGUCAAUGGCCGCAGAUGCGUCGCAAAGGAAGGCUCUGAGAUACCAGCAGACCGUGCUAUAUGGAGAGUACAGAGAGCACCCUGGUGGGUCCCAGCGGAGAGAAGCCACUCGCCUUCUGAUGGAGAGACAGCGAAAAAAGCAUGGAUAUCACCACCAUGGACAUCACUACCAUGGACAUCACCACCAUGGGCACCACCAUCACAGUCACCAUGGGCGGAGUCACAGCCGAAGUCGCCGUCACAGCCACCAUCACCUGGAGAUAGGGAGCAUUCAUGACAGACAGGAGGAGGAGCAGGGCCACACCUCCUCGUUCAAGAAACGGCGCUCCUAUUCCAAGUGCAGAGACUGCGUGGCACGAGUACAAAAGUUCCUCAUCUCUAAAUUGGGAGAAGACUGGAUCUUUCUGGUGUUGUUGGGUAUUACCAUGGCAUUAGUUAGCUGGAGCAUGGAUUAUGCUAGUGCCAAGAGUCUACAAGCCUAUAAGUGGUUUUAUGGGGAGUUGAAGGGGAACAUCCCACUGCAAUACCUGGUCUGGGUUUUCUAUCCCAUGGUGCUCAUCUUGUUUGCCUCCCUCUUCUGUCACCUGGUCGCUCCUCAGGCCAUUGGCUCUGGUAUUCCAGAGCUGAAAACCAUACUCAGAGGUGUUGUGCUGAAGGAGUAUUUGACACUCAAGGCAUUUAUUGCAAAGGUGGUGGGACUCACUGCUGGCCUGGGCAGUGGUAUGCCAGUUGGCAAAGAGGGUCCCUUUGUUCACAUAGCCAGUAUCUGUGCAGCUGUCCUCAGCAAGUUUAUGUCUUUCUUCUCUGGAGUCUAUCAGAGCCCAUAUUGUUAUACAGACAUCCUCACGGUGGGCUGUGCUGUAGGGGUUGGAUGCUGUUUUGGAACCCCUCUUGGAGGUGUUUUGUUCAGCAUUGAAGUUACAUCAACCUAUUUUGCUGUGAGAAACUACUGGAGGGGCUACUUUGCUGCUACAUUCAGUGCUUUUAUUUUCAGAGUACUGUCUGUGUUCAAUAAGGAUGCAGUAACCAUCACUGCUCUCUUCCGCACCAACUUCCGCAUGGAUUUUCCUUUCGACCUUCAAGAGCUUCCAGCGUUCGCCAUUAUUGGGAUUUCUUGUGGGUUUCUAGGAGCUUUCUUUGUUUACCUGAACCGUCAAGUUGUCCUGUUCAUGAGAAGACCUAACAUUUUUACACGAUUCCUUACAAAACACCGGCUGAUUUUCCCUGCUGUUGUGACAUUAGUGGUUACGACACUGACAUUCCCUCCAGGCUUUGGGCAGUUCAUGGCUGGAGAGCUGAUGCCCAGGGAGUGCAUUAACUCUCUGUUUGAUAACUUCACCUGGACUAAAAUAUGGGGCUCCCCUCUCCCGCCUGGUCUCGGUCGCUCUGCUGUGUGGUUUCAUCCUGACGUCAGCAUCUUUGUCAUUCUUAUUCUCUUCUUUAUCAUGAAGUUCUGGAUGUCUGCAGUUUCCACCACAAUGCCCAUCCCGUCUGGAGCUUUCAUGCCUGUCUUUGUAUUGGGUGCCGCAUUUGGUCGUUUAGUGGGUGAGAUCAUGGCAACUCUCUUUCCUCACGGUAUCCUGUUUGAUGGAAUACUAUACCGCAUCAUCCCUGGAGGGUACGCUGUCAUUGGUGCGGCGGCGCUGACGGGAGCUGUCACCCACACCGUUUCCACAGCAGUGAUCUGCUUUGAGCUGACCGGUCAGAUCUCUCACAUCCUUCCCAUGAUGGUCGCCGUCAUACUGGCCAACAUGGUAGCGCAAGGUCUGCAACCGUCACUGUACGACUCUAUAAUCCAGGUCAAGAAGCUGCCCUAUCUCCCCGAACUGGGCUUCGGCCACAUAAGCCAGUAUAAUAUCUUUGUGGAGGACAUCAUGGUGAGGAAAGUGAAGUUUUUAUGUUCCCACUCUACAUACAGAGAAGUACUGCAUUUGUUGGACUCGACUUCUCUAAAAACCUUCCCGCUGGUUGAUUCAAAAGAAUCUAUGAUUCUAUUGGGUAGCAUCGAGAGGUCUGAGCUUCUCGCCCUCUGUGAUUGGUGGCUGUCAGCAGAGAGGCGUAUCCUAAUGCAAGGACAAAGCUUGCAAGGUCAGGUGCCUUCUGCCAAAAUCAGCUGGGAAUCCUUUGCCUUUGUUGAUGAGGAAGAAGAGGAGAAUGAAGAUGAUAAGACAAUACCAGUUCAAGAGGAAAAAAAUGGCCCUGUGCCUCCACCCAAACCUUCUGAACCAUCCACCAAUCACACGUCUCCCGAUAAGGGUCCUUCCCAGUCUUUCGGGAGAAUUUUACGUAACUUCUUUUCAUCCUCUUCAGAAAGACACACAGAAGGUCAGCCACAGGAGCCUUAUCCUCCACCUUUAACCGACACAAUGACACCAGAACAGAUCAAAGCCUGGGAGGAAACGGAGAUGGAUAAACCUCUGGAUAUUGAUCAGAUCAGAAUAGAUCCCUCCCCGUUCCAGCUGGUGGAGAGAACGUCACUACAUAAGACUCAUACCCUGUUCUCUUUACUGGGCCUCAGUCAUGCCUAUGUAACCAACACUGGAAAACUGGUGGGAGUUGUGGCACUGAAAGAGCUCCAAAAAGCCAUUGAGGGCUCAACACGCAGUGGCGUGCGCUUGCGCCCCCCUUUGGCCAGUUUUCGUGACACCAUUCGCAAAGCUGCGAAGCCUCCUCAGGCCUCUUCCCCACCAUCUUCGCCUGGCUCCACCACAGCUCCUUCCUCGCCUCUGUCCGCACCCGUGGUCCCUCAAGUCCAUUCCCCCAGCCUGGCGGCCCCAGAGAAGGAAGGGAAGGAGGAGAUGGAGGUGUGGAUUGAGGGAGUGAAACGGGAGGUGAUUGUGGGGAACAGCAGUAGCACAACGACAGUAAGCAGCAGCAGGAGCAGGAGCAGUAGCAGCAGUAGUGGUACAGGAAGUAGUCACAGUGAGGCAGGAAGUGCUGAUAGUAGCCCAAGCCUGCCGCCCUCCUCCUCUCCUCCCCCCAUCCCUCUCUCCACCCUGCAACCCGUCCCCGAAAACAAAGAGGGUGAAGAAAAUGAGGACGAGGAGCCCCUUUAGGACAA